CAGCCCGGCUCGAGCGAGUCGGCCAGCGGCCCCGCCUCCUCCCCUCCCCCGCCGCGGCCGGAUUUCAUUUCGCCCUCCGCUGCCGGCCGCGGGUGUAAGGCGAGCCAGUCUCCUCUCCCCGUUAGGGUUCGCCCGCGCCGCCCCCUCUCCGCCGCGGCGCCUACCCCUCUCCGCUGCGGCGCCGCCCCCUCUCCGCCGCGGCGCCAUGGUGGUGCUCAAGGUCAUCAACACCGCCGUCAAGGAGCGGCUGCUCGAUCUCCGAGGGAGAGAGAUGAGUUCAAUCGAGGACCUCGGCGGCACCGAGGACGAAUUCGAUACGAUUGACCUGUCAGAAAACAUGAUCGCCAAGCUUGAGAACUUUCCUUGUCUGAAUCGCUUAGGAACUCUAGUUGCUAGUGACAACAGAAUCAACUACAUCUGUUCAAAUAUUGGUGAACUUCUGCCAAAGUUGCAUACAUUGGUGCUCAUGAGCAAUGAUAUCACAACUCUUGCGGAGAUUGACCCUCUUGCUGCUCUCCCAAACCUGAAAUCUCUCUACUUAUUAGAGAAUCCUGUCACUGAGACGGCAGACUACCGGUUAUAUGUGAUCCACAUGCUGAAACAUUUGAUGUCACUGGACUUCGAGAAAGUGAAACCACAGGAGAGAACCACAGCAGAAUAUAAGUUCCACUCGAAGGAGGCACGGGAAGAGGUAAAGAAGACAUCUGCCAAAGCUUAUACUCCAAUGAAGCCAGUGGGUGCUCAAUAUAUAACAGAGAAGUCAUGCCCUAAAGCAGUCUCUCCAGUACCAUCUAUAAAGGCUGCUAUUGCGAGCUCUCAGACACUAAAGGAAAUUGGCAAGAUCAAAACUGUAUUGAGCACUGGCCAGAUGGCUGCUGAAUUUGCUUUCUUCGAGCCUGAAAUUGAUAUGGCUGAAGCCUUGGAGAAAACUGAUAAGAUAAAGGGUCAGAAUCACGAGAAUAGGGCUGAUGAGCAGAUGAGCAAUGAAGAAAGCACCCUAAUUCAAGAGGUAAAAGUCAGCAUGUUGAACAACUGGAUGAUAGAUAUAGAUCAGGAAAUCUUUGGAGCUGGUCCAGAUUCAAUAUAUGUAACUCAACCAAGACAUAUGGAAGAAUACAUAUACAAGAACUUCCAACAAACACCGUUCAGAUUUAUCUUGAGCUGGAGAAAAAGACUUUUUAAAAAAAUGCACAUAUUACCACUGCCUCGGAUGCAAAUAUCAGCACACACGUGGACUUUAAACUACAUUAUCUAUGAUAUCCCGUUGAAGCUCUGUGCAUGUUGUGCGAAACACUCAUAGGCUCAUUUGUUGUGACCCCAAAUAAAGGUGCACAAUUAGGGCAGAGGAGAUGGUGGAGGAUAAAGAAGACACGAGUAGAUUAAAUUAGUUUUGCAAGCUUUCUAUGAACUAGCCCCUCCCUUGUACAAAAGCUUACUCUUACUAAAUUUGAUCUAAAUAGGAUAAAUCAUGUUACUAGAAAUGAAAGUAAAAUUGUCCAGAUUUGGCAAGAAAAUAUGCUAAUAUGAUAGUACUCUGUCAACAAAUC